GCUGCUGGCGCUGCGGGCGCUGCUCGCCCUGCGGGCGCUCCCGGCCGCCGCGCACCCGCAGUGCCUGGACUUCAGGCCGCCCUUCCGGCCGCCGCAGCCGCUGCGCUUCUGCGCGCAGUACUCGGCCUUCGGCUGCUGCGCUCCCGAGCAGGACGCCGCGCUGGCCCGCCGCUUCGGGGACCUGGCGGCCCGCGUGGACGCCGCCGUGUGGGCUGCGUGCGCCGGCUACGCGCUCGACCUGCUGUGCCAGGAAUGCUCUCCGUAUGCGGCCCACCUCUAUGACGCCGAGGACCCGUCCACGCCCCUGAGAACGGUGCCCGGGCUCUGCCAGGACUACUGCCUGGACAUGUGGCAGACGUGCCGGGGCCUGUUCCGCCACUUCUCGCCCGACCGCAUGCUCUGGUCACUGGAGGGCAACCGCGCCAAGUUCUGCCACUACCUGUCCCUGGACGACGCGGACUACUGCUUCCCGCACCUGCUGGUCAACGAGAACCUCAACUCGAACCUGGGCCGUGUGGUGGCCGACGCCAAGGGCUGCCUGCAGCUGUGCCUGGAGGAGGUGGCCAACGGGCUGCGCAACCCCGUGGCCAUGGUCCACGCCCGGGACGGCACCCACCGCUUCUUCGUGGCUGAGCAGGUGGGGCUGGUGUGGGCCUACCUGCCCGACCGCUCGCGGCUCGAGAGGCCCUUCCUGAACAUCAGCCGGGCCGUGCUCACCUCCCCCUGGGAGGGCGACGAGCGUGGCUUCCUGGGCAUCGCCUUCCACCCCCGCUUCCGGCACAACCGCAAGCUCUACGUCUACUACUCCGUGGGGGUCAGCUUCGACGAGUGGAUCCGCAUCAGUGAGUUCAGGGUCUCUGAGGAUGACGAGAACGCCGUGGACCAUGGCUCUGAGAGGAUAAUCCUGGAGAUUGAAGAACCAGCCUCGAACCACAACGGGGGCCAGCUGCUCUUUGGGGACGAUGGGUACCUCUACAUCUUCACUGGAGAUGGCGGGAUGGCUGGAGACCCCUUUGGAAAGUUUGGAAAUGCCCAAAACAAGUCGGCGCUGCUGGGCAAGGUGCUGCGCAUCGACGUGGACCGCAACGAGCGCGGCCCGCUCUACCGCAUCCCGCGCGACAACCCGUUCGUGGGCGACCCCGCCGCGCGGCCGGAGGUCUACGCCCUGGGCGUGCGCAACAUGUGGCGCUGCUCCUUCGACCGCGGCGACCCGGCGUCGGGUGCGGGCCGCGGGCGCCUGUUCUGCGGCGACGUGGGCCAGAACAAGUUCGAGGAGGUGGACCUGGUGGAGCGGGGCCGCAACUACGGCUGGCGCGCGCGCGAGGGCUUCGAGUGCUACGACCACAAGCUGUGCGCCAACGCGUCCCUUGACGACGUGCUGCCGAUCUUCGCCUACCCGCACAAGAUGGGCAAGUCGGUCACGGGGGGCUACGUGUACCGUGGCUGUGAGUACCCCAACCUGAACGGCCUCUACAUUUUCGGCGAUUUCAUGAGCGGGCGUCUGAUGUCCCUCCGAGAGAAUCCGGGCACAGGACAGUGGCAGUACAGUGAGAUCUGCAUGGGUCGUGGCCAGACCUGCUUGUUCCCAGGCCUCAUCAACAACUACUACCCACACAUCAUCUCCUUCGCGGAGGACGAGGCCGGGGAGCUGUACUUCAUGUCUACCGGCGUGCCGAGCGCCACGGCUGCACGCGGGGUCGUCUACAAAGUGAUCGACCCCUCCAGACGGGCGCCACCUGGCAAGUGUCAGAUCCAUCCUGCUCAGGUGAAGGUGAGGAGCCGCCUCGUCCACUUUGUGCCCAAAGAAAAGUUCAUCCGGAGGACGGAGAGCACCCCGCGGCCCACCGCGCGCGCGCCCACCCAGGCGCCCCGUCGCAUUCGCCCCACGGCGGCCCCACGCAAACCCACCCCGCGCCCCGCACGGCCCACCCGCCGGCCAGGGGGCCGGAGGGGCGGCGGGCGGCGCCGGGGGCGGCCGAGCACGACAGGCCCGGCGCCCUCGAACGGCGCGGUGCGCCUGGUGCGGCCCGCGGGCCUGGGCCCCGGCCGUGGGCGCGUGGAGGUGUUCGUGGGCGGACGCUGGGGCACCGUGUGCGACGACUCGUGGGACGCCAAGGCUGCGGCUGUCGUGUGUCGCCAGCUGGGCUUCGCGCACGCCCUGCGGGCCAGCAAGCGCGCCGAGUUCGGCGAGGGCCGCGCGCUGCCCAUCCUGCUGGACGACGUGCGCUGCGUGGGCGGCGAACGCAGCCUGCUGGAGUGCACGCAUGCCGGCGUGGGCACGCACAACUGCGGCCACGAUGAGGACGCCGGCGUCGUGUGCAGCCACGAGGACCCCGACUUGUAGGCCAGAGGUCGCUGCCCUGCCAGACCAGCCUGUGUCCAGGGGAGCCUGGCAGGGCCCUACUGCCCCGUGUGCGCCUGGGGCUGCAGGGCACCCCGGGGGAAGGGCUACACAGCAGGAACACAUCUGGCCCUGCCACGCUUAGGACAGGGCAGCCACCCUUGGAGGGCAGACAUGGCCCCUGGCUAUGUUAACAGAGGCACAGCCAGCAAACUGAGGGAGGAGACCAGGCUUGUCCUGCCCACAGCCGAGUGGCAGGUGCCAGACAAGCUGGAGCAUGGCCUGAGGAAGGUGGCCCAGACAGUGUGGACUGGUGGCCCUGCAGCCAGAGGCGCUGAAGAGAACAGGAAAGCAUUCAGUGGGGCAAAGAAAAAUCCCUCUGACCGUGGGUCCAUGGUGACCUGUGCGUCGUGGCUGCCCAAGGGAGGGCCAGGUUGCCUGGGAGGAAGCCAGCACCUGUCGGGGGAGGGUGCUCGGGGGGCACUGGAUGACCUCUGACGGUGCGUGUUUGGGGGGCCUCUGGUCAUCUCGGACCUCACCGUGGUGCCGGGCCUUUGUGGGUGCCCUGGGCUUCUUCCGACCCUGAGGCCUGACCCUCUCCUGCUCUCAGGACGGGAGCAACCACACUGGCUGGGUAGGGCUUCCACCCUGGCUCCUCUGUUGGGCCCAUGGGGGCCACCUCUGUCAUCUCCAUCCCCAUACUGCUCAGUGGAAUCCAGGGGACCCUCUGAUUCCCACCUCGGGCCAACCAGACUGUGGGUCCAGUGCGACUGCUGAUGCUUUGUCACCCAGGGCUGUGCCAACAACAUGGCUGUUCACAAACCA